ACUCAAAAGCUAAUAUCACACGCGUGCCUCUACGCUCAACUCCCUCUCAAUCAUGGCGACGGUCAUCCUCGGUGCGCAGUGGGGUGACGAAGGCAAAGGCAAGAUUGUCGACGUGAUCGCGCAGACCGGAAUCCAAUUGUGCUGCAGAGCGCAAGGUGGUCACAAUGCCGGACAUACCAUUGUGAAGAACGGCAAGAAGUUUGAUGUCCACAUCCUACCAUCCGGUGUCCUCACUGAUGGCUGCAUCAACCUCGUCGGAUCAGGAUGCGUCGUCUACGUGCCAAACUUCUUUAAAGAGAUCGAGAUGCUCGAGAAGGCCGGGAUCGACACCAAAGAUCGCAUUCUGGUCAGCGACAAGUGUCAUAUCGAUCUUGACCUGCACACGAAAGUCGACGGUCUCGAAGAGGUAGAGCUGGGCAAGGCGAACAUCGGCACAACGGGCAAGGGCAUUGGUCCUACAUACUCCACGAAAGCUAGCCGAAGCGGACUUCGCAUGUCGGAUGUCUUCAACAAGUCAGCGUUCGACACCAAGUUGCGCCAGCUGGCCCAGUCGUUUAAGAAGCGGUAUGGGGAUCUUCUCAACUACGACCCUGAAGACGAGAUCAAGAGGUUCGACGAUUACAGGGAACGAUUGAAGACCUAUGUCGUGGAUCAGGCACCUCUGAUCGAAUCGGCCGAAGAGGGCAACGUCAAGAUUCUUGUCGAAGGUAGCCAAGCUCUGAUGCUGGACAUCGAUAACGGCACCUACCCGUUUGUAACUUCCUCAAACACCGGAAUGGGAGGCGUCUUCACUGGUCUAUCGCUAAACCACCGCAAGAUCGACGAAGUCAUUGGUGUUGUCAAGGCUUACACCACUCGCGUUGGCUCUGGUCCAUUCCCUACUGAAUUGCAGAACGAAAUCGGCGAUCGCCUGGUUGACAUCGGAAAGGAGUAUGGUGUCACGACAGGUCGCAGACGCCGCUGUGGAUGGCUUGACCUCGUAGUCGUGAAGUACUCCAACACGAUCAACCACUACGAUGCGAUCAAUUUGACGAAAUUGGACAUCCUGGACGACUUCGAUGAGAUCAAGGUUGCUACUGAAUACCACCACAACGGUCAGAAACUGGCCUCUUUCCCCAGUGAUCUCACCGUUCUCGAAAACAUCGAGGUGAAGUACGAGACCUUCCCCGGCUGGAAGAGCAGUACGGUUGGCCUGCGCAAAUGGGAAGAGCUACCCGAAAAUGCUCGCAAAUAUGUGGACUUCAUCGAGAAGUUCACGAAAGCACGGGUAAAGUACAUUGGCACGGGACCGGGCAACGAGAAUAUGAUUAUUCGAUGAGGUCCCCUAGCGUUGAUGAGACGAAUAGGUGCCAUUUGGUGCACGCCAGGCUCAGAUAGCUUGGUAGAAUUUAGCAAUGAGAAAAUACAGCCCUUUG